AUGUCUGAAAAAAGUGAUAACAAAAAUAAGACUGUAUCCCAGGGUUCUUCGGCUACUGCAAACAGCAAUGGAAAUAAUGGGAAUUCUGUUUCUUCCUUUGAUGGUUUUCAACUUCCAAGCUCUGUUUUAAAAAACUUAACUCCAACGAAGAGCCCGGGCCAUCCUCGCAGUCCUAUAAGUCCUAGGGAUACACAACAUUACGAAAGAAGGAAAUCUUAUUUGCUAGCAAGGACACACAGGUUAAAAGAGAGAAAAAGCAUGAUAGACGAAAGAGUAUUGAAUGUAGCUCAAAAGAGACGAUUAUUGAAAAACAAAAGGUUAAGGAAUUUAAACCGAAGUUUAGAAAUGGCAAGUGCUAGGAGGAACGAAUAUUUGGCAGCUAUAAGUAAAAGGGCGCAUAAUUUUCAAUCCAGACUCGUAGCUAGUGAUGAACCUUAUGAUUUGUGUCAAGAAUCAAUAUUCAAGGAGAACAUUAGGAAUACCCCAAAUUUUGAAUAUGAAGAACUUGAAAUCCGAAAGUUGGUGUUGAUUCAACGUCGGAUAAAAAAGUAUUUAUUACAGAAGGCGGUAUUACUUCUUGAGAAUACUUCAUUUUUAGAUCAAUUUAUGCAUAUGUCUUUCAACGAAUGCACCAAGAUACUUCAAACAGACUCAGUUGAGAGAUCUAGUAUGCUAACAAUCCUUAGGUGUUUGGAUAUACCAGAUAUAACUUACAGGCAAACCUACAAGACUUUUUUUUAUGCAUUCAUACUAAUAUGUGAUUUGAAUGACUCCAUAAAGCGAAAUGUUCACCCAACUUAUAACACGAACAUUGAAGAUGAACAGCAAAACAUGUUUAACAAUUUUAUUUGGUUGCUAUUGUUCAAAAUUGCAAAUCUCUUGAUAAGCAGUUUUAAAGACCUAUUAUCUUCUCGAGACUUCCAUAAGCCUUACGCAUUUAUUGAUAAUUGGAAUCAGUAUAUCUUUUUAUUCAAUAUCUUCAAGACAAAUCAUUUGCACAAUCUUAGGAGAAUUUUGAAUCAAUCACUAGAAAUAGUUUCUCGGCAGGUUGAAAUUACGAAUCAAGAUAAUGAGAUUUCGAAAAUAAAAGAUAAUCUUACCAAAGAAAAGCUUUUGCUUCACAAAUAUAGGCAUACGAAAGUUGAAAAUAGAAUUAAUGUCGAUGAAUUACGUUUUAUCGAACUGAUUAAGUCCUCGAUUUCACAAAUACAAGUUCCUGAGAUAUUUUAUUAUAGGAUAUUAACGAAUCAGAUAAUAUUUGAGAAUUAUAAAUUUUCUUUACCACCGGUAUUAUCUAAUAAACUCUGGAGAAGAUAUUGGUUUCUGGAGUAUUUAAAAGAAUUUAUUGAGAAUAGACAACAUCCUUUGUUACUCAGAACGGGUUAUAUAAGACCGUUCAGUGACAAUGUAUUGCAUAUUGAUGAAGUCUUAUCCUCCUUAGGCUUGACCUCAGUAUACGAACAAUUUGAUAUUCUCCAUGGACUACCCUUGAUUGAAUUGCAAUAUCGAUUCGUUGAACUUUUAAAUAAGGAUUUUAUGGUUUUUGUUAAAUUUAGCAAAAUGAAUAAAGAAUUUAACGAAAACCAUGAAACUUUUCUUGAAAAGUAUAAUCAGUUAGCUGACUCCUGGGAAGAUGCUUCUUCGGAUCUCAGAACUUAUCUUGUUGAGUAUUUCCAAAUUCUAACAGACCUCACCAACUCUUAUCGAUAUACUAGUCUACACGAGAUUCCACAGAUAUGUUUAGCCAGAGUUCUUUCUUCCCUGGAGCUAACCAUGAGCACUAUUCAUGAUGUUUUGCAUUCAUAUAAAGAAUAUAAGUUGCUGUUGAUUAAUUUAUGGAUAAACAAAUGCAAAUUUAAAGGUUUUGCAAAUUUCAGUAUGUGUGAAAAUGUGAUGAUAUUUAUAUUUAAUAAUGCGGCUUUGAGGUUCCUGAUUUAUACUAAUUCACCACAGCUAAAGUAUCCAAAGUUUUACGAGUACUUAUCUAGCUCUGGAUACUCAGUUAAGCUAAGUAGCUAUUCCAGCAUUUUGGAAGGUGCUUUCGAUCUUCCUGCACUAAUGAAUGAGAAUCUUAAUCCGAAGAGUGUUAAAUUUUUUAGCCUGGUCUUCCGCAAGUCAAUAGUUGACGGGAACUUAUUAGGUCAUGAGCUCAAUGACACUUAUUUACAUGAGUUUAAACGUCUCGGUGAUAUUGUUGCAAACUUGAUAGAAAGCACACUGACUCUAAAUUUGAUUUUAAAUUUCUACAACAAUGUUGACACCGACCAAAGCAUUAUUCUUUUAAAGCCUAACGAGAUGAUUCAGAAACUACUUGAUAGAAAGGACGACCUUGCCACGAUAGUGAAUUCAUGUCUGACUUCGGGCCCCUAUGAUAACCUCAGGCUUCAACAAUUCCUCAAGUAUCACAGGCACUCCCUUACUUCUAUCAGAACAAUUCUCACUCAAAAGUUUUUGAAUUUACUAUGUGCAGACUACGGUUCUGCAAAUUUCAAUGCUAUCUUACAUAGCAGUUUCUAUUACAGCAGGGAAUAUGCUACUAAAGUAGCACGAGAUGUCCAUCACACCGUCUAUUUCGUAUGCAAGCUCCACAGUCCUCUUUUAAACUGGAUUUAUAAAGACAUUGGUGAACCCAGUGAAGUUUAG